AACUUCAUAUAAAAAGAAAGUAAUUAAAUUAAAAAGAUACUAUUUUAAAAAUAGAUUAAGAGAUUAAAUAAAAAUAUCAUUAUAUUUAUGGAAAAAGCGGAGACUCUACAUGAUGAUUCGAAAGAAAACAAUGAAGAUGUUUCAAGUAAUGUGAUUAAAAGUAAGGAAAUUUAAGUAUAAUAAGCUAGCUAGCAGGAACAACCUACUAAUUAGUAGAAAAAGAAAUAUAAAUUAGAUUAUAAGUAGCUUUAAAAUCGGUAGAAUUUUGAUUUAUCUGAUCCAAAUGAUAUGGAAAUAGUUAAGACUCUACUUAAGAAACAAAAUACUGCGAGAACAAAGGCAGAUCUAGAAAUCCUAUACAAAGCUUUUAAUGAUAAUAAAUUUAUAAAAGAUAUGGAAAAAGAUGUAAAUCAGUAGCUUAUUAGAAAGAUGCUAAAAAAUAUGUAAUUUGCAGAGUACAAAAGAAGGGAGAUUAUUUUUAACUAGGGUGAAUAGGCUUCAACAUUUUAUAUCAUAAUUUAAGGUUCUGUUUGGGUUUUAGUACCAAAUAAAUUUGGAACAGCUAUAACCGAUGAAUAAAGCAAAAUUAGUAAAGAAAUUAUUUAAAAUCCAGAAUUAUACUUAAGAAUGCCAGAUGAAUAAUUUGUGAAUAAAGCCUACCCUUAAUUUAACUAGAUAGCAACCCUUAAAUCUGGAUAUUCUUUUGGUGAAAUUGCUUUAAGAUAGUAAACUGUGAGGACAGCUACUGUAAUAUGUGCUGAAGAUACAUUGUGUGCAUCAGUUUCAAAAGAAAUAUUUAAUUCUUGUAUAAGUGAGUUUUACAAAAUAUAAAGAGAUAAGGAAAUUGGAUUCCUUCAUUAAUUCCACAUUUUUACAGAUCUGUACAAAUAAGAUGUUGAAAUGAUACUCAUGUCUUGCACAAAGCACUAGUUUAACAAAUAUCAUGUUAUUUACAAAGAGAAUGAAGAUUCAGAUAGAAUUUAUUUUUUAUAAGAAGGUGAAAUUGAGGUAUCAAAAAAAUCAGAUAUAUUUACUGAAAAUGCUAAUCUUUUAUAUGUGGAUAGGACAAAAGACUUGAAUAUGAAUGAGUUACCUUUCAGAAAUUUUGGUAAUUAGCUUAGCUAUAAGAAAACAAUAAAGAGGAUUCCUGUAGUAAAGGUUUGUCCAAAUAGUAUGUUUGGUGAUGAAGAAGCUUUUAAUAAUAAAAAAAGAGUAACAAAAGCAGUUGUUGCUAGUAAUGAGGCAACUUACUACAGCUUGAAAAUCAAAGAUUUUUAUUAAAUUAUGUAAAAAAAGUAUUGCCCAGAAUUUAUAGAUGAAUUAAAAAAGGAAAUGCUUAUUGAAAAAAUAAAAUAUAGAUAAGAAAAAUUAUGCAAAAAUAUUUUUAUUAACCAAAUGUUUAAUAGUUUUGAAUAAAAGAUAAGAGAAGAGACUUAAUAUUCAACUAAUAAAGUUUUGAACACUACUGAAAUAAUCAGAUCAAAAAAAAUGAUUUAGGAUUCAGAGAUAUUCAGUUCAAUAAAUAACACAGCAAUUGUUCAAUAGAAUUCUCCCUCUGCAUUAAGUAGGAAUGUGUUAAAUUCCCAUAGAGAAAAUAAUUAGUUUUUUAUUACUGACCAUAAGCUGAGUUUAGAGAAAAUCAGAUGCUUUUCUCCUCCUCAAAUACUAAAAAAUGAAAGUUCGUAACAUUUAUUAUCUAGCAGUUUGGUUUAUAAGGCUAGUAAUAGUGGUAGUAAUAAACAUAUCAAAUAGAAAUUUAUUAACUAAACUUUUAAUUAGUUCAAUGAAGAAAAGUAACCAGAAUAACUAAAAAAUUAAGAUAACUUGGUUAAUGCAAAAAAUAAUCAAAAAAAUAAUUUAGAAAGUCCAUCUUCAUUUCAAAGAAUAUUUAAAAAAAUAGUUACUGCAUAAACAAAAGAAAAAUACCCUGAAGUAAUUAGUGAAAUAUCUUAUGUAAGUAGUCCUUUAUCUGCAAGAAGAUUACAAUCAGCUUAGUGCAAAAGAAAUAUUUCUAAAAAUAGCUAAAGAGCUUAAACCUAAUUGCAACAUCAACAGCAAAAUUAGUAAAAUUAAUCAGUUGAUUUGAAUAACUUUGUAUAAAAUACUGAAGCACCUUAAUAAUAGUAAGCAAGCAGACCAGACUCUUGCUAGGUAUCCCCAAGAUAAAAGAUAUAAGAAAAGAUAAAAAAAUCAAAUAGUCUCAGCCAAUAAUAAAAGAAAAUAAUAUUGCUAUCAAUGCAAAAACAAAGAAAGCUGAAUUAAUAAGAAAAUAGCUUUUAUGAUUAUUUAGAAAAUCAUGUAAAUAAUCAGCAAAAAUAAUCAAUACAAUAUAGCAACUUACAAUCACCAAAAAGAGCUGGCUCUGUAAACAAUAGGGAUUUUUCUCCAGUUUAACUAGAUUCAAAAAGAAAAUAAGCUUGUAACCUGUUUUCUUUUCAAGAGAAUUAAAAUGAAAUAAAAAUAAAUUUAAUGAACUAAGGAUCUUAAAAAUGUAUUGAAAAUUAAAACAAUAAAGCUUACUAAAUAGAUUAAAAAAGUAAGAUUAAGCUAUAAUUAAAUAGAAAAAACAAUCAAUCAAAUAGAGGAGCUUCAUAAAUUUCAUAGAGAAAUUAUAGUUCACAGUAGUCAAACAAAUAGCUUUCUCAAACUUAAGUAAAUUUCUAUCAGAACAAAUAAGGAGAAUCAAUAAGUAGAUCUCCAACUAAAGAAAAACAGCUUAACUCAUAUAGAAAGGAGAAACAAAAUAAAUUAGAUUAAACUUAUGAUAAAAAUUCAUUCUUGAAUGUAAAAAUUAAUAAUGAAAAGUCUUAAACUCAGUUAAAAAAGUAAAAAGUGUUAAUUAUGUAACCUAAAUUAGAAGGUUUCUAGAAAAUCAGCUGCUAUGAUUAAGAGUACGAUAGUAAACUUAAAGAGUUAGAGUCAGAUAUAUUGAAUGAUAACUAUGUAUGUGAUUAAAUAGAAGCGAAACUUCUGAUGAGCUUAGCUGUCUAAGAAAUUAUAUAAAAAGAAACAAAAGUUGCUCCUAUAGAUAACAAAAAUCCUCUGAUUGAUAUAGACUAUGUAAAAAAGCAAGAUAGAGAAGCUAAGCUAUACUCAAGAAAAUCAAUGAUGUAAACGAAAUCUACAACUUAAAGGACAAUUAGCUAAACACCUAAGAAUACAUCAUAAAACCAGAAGAUAAAUAUCACAAAUAAUGACUAUAAUUAAUAAAAAUUUCCUUAGAAUUACAUGAGCCUUAUUAUAGACUAGUAAAGAGAAAAAUGUUACAGUGCAAUGACAUCUGCAUAAAUAUCACCAAAAGAAAAAGUUUAGAACGUAAAUUAAUUAAGAGUAUCCCUUGCACGUAGUAAAAGAAUUUCUGUGAAUCCAGGAAGAUUUUACUUAAAAGGAGAUAAAAGAUAAUAGUUUUAUGAUGAUUUUAAAGAAGAGUUUUAAGAGAAAGAAACAUAAGAAGUUAGCAAUAAAACUUAAGAAACAAAUACUAGUGAUGAAUAUGUAAAAGUUAAACCAAGAUAUGAUAAAAAAUAAAUUUAAUUUAAUUGCUAAAUAAUUAAAAAUAAGCAAAAAAUGGAAGAAUUUAAAAAAUUAGUAAGGUCUUAACUGGGUAAAAAGUGA